UAGAUCUAGAUAAAAUGUCUAGUCUUAGCUAACUUUUUCAUCGCGUAGGUUUCACGCCACAUUUUCCAUUUGACUUUUUAUUCUUGUUACUUAAGAAUUGGCCGGUCAAUUUAAUUAAAGGAAGUAGAACGAAAGGACAUUCAUCCACCGCGGAAUCUGGAGAGCAGAAGUGAGAGAAAGAGAGAUGGCUAGUGGAAUCGCUCGUGGUCGUUUGGCUGAGGAAAGGAAAUCGUGGAGGAAGAAUCAUCCUCAUGGGUUUGUGGCGAAGCCGGAGACUGGGACUGAUGGGUCUGUGAAUCUAAUGGUGUGGCAUUGCACUAUUCCUGGUAAAGCUGGGACUGAUUGGGAAGGUGGAUACUUUCCAUUAACGAUGCACUUCAGCGAGGACUAUCCGAGCAAGCCUCCAAAAUGCAAAUUCCCACCAGGCUUUUUCCACCCUAAUGUCUAUCCAUCAGGAACAGUCUGUCUCUCCAUCCUUAACGAGGAUUCCGGAUGGAGACCAGCCAUCACAGUGAAGCAGAUUCUUGUCGGUAUUCAGGAUUUACUUGACACCCCUAACCCCGCUGACCCUGCACAAACUGAUGGUUACCAUCUCUUCAUUCAGGAUGCAGUUGAGUACAAGAAAAGGGUUAAGCUGCAGUCCAAGCAGUAUCCUCCCAUUGUCUAAAAAAACCUCAGAACAAAAACUUUGAAUCUCUUGUGGUCUUUGUGAUUUGUGUUUUGAUGUCAUUUGGCGAUUGAAAACUCUUCAUUUUGGCACCUUUGAGACACUACUAUAACCUCUUUUAUUUUCAUGAAAGAAAAACAUCUCUUAUUCUCUCCGUUAACUUGUUAAUAUUCUUGGUUAUUGAAUCAGUUGGUGUUUACUUCUUUA